AAGCAGAAAGAUUGGCUCAAAAACGCAACAAAGCGAUUGCGCACGAGAGCUGUACUGCGAAUGCUAGUAGUGGUGGCGCCGCCCUUGCGGUGGCCACAACUAUUUCUCCACCCGCAAAACCACCAGCAGUGGAGGACAACUCGACGAAGCAUGCCUGGCGGCAAUUCCUGAUCCCGGGAAUCGCGCUUCCCUCGCUCCUCGCGACGCAGAAGAAGGCGCACCAACUCAACCCCGGCUCCCCGUGGCGCAUGGAGCCACUGUUGCUGCUCUGGGUCUUCCUCUACGGCCAGUUUUUGAAGAUGCGCGAGCGGAGGAGACACGCGCAAAGCGGAGGACCACUAGAGGAAAAUUUCGUGGUAUGAAAUGCAAAAGCAUCGUACUAGUAGUAAUCGCAUUACAAAUUUGCUCAGCAUGACAAAUGGAAUUUCUCAUGCUGAUUUACCUUGAAAAAGAGAUUUGUCAUGCAUAAAUGGGAUCACUACGAGUACGAUACUUUUGCAGAGAAUACGUGGCCGAAAACGUUGGCGAGUUUUUCCGGGAUCACUAUCCUGUGCAAAAGUAUCGUACUCGUAUUGCAGUCAUGCAUUACAAAUUUCUUUCUCAACUCAAAUCCGCAUUACAAAUUUUAUUUGUCAUGCUGAGGGAAUUUGUCAUGCAUUUAUACGAGUGCGAUACUUUUGCAAUUCAUAAUCACAGGUCGCUGACGAAGCGGAAAAGCGACGAGGAAUUGAACAAAGUUCCCUUGCUGUCAGCGGACGAACUGUUGCGGAAGUCGUUCUUCACGCAGGAAAAUUAUCCAAGUCAUGGGGAACAUCAAGGGCGUCAUCACCGUCGUCGGAGCAGAAAAAGAUCUUCGCACAAUAGAAAUCGGGACCACACCAGCACGACGACCACAAUAGACGAAGAGAAAAAGUCCAUCGCCCGGCUGACGCGCGACAGCACGCAGGUGCUGUCAACGUUGCUGCAGGAUAUCAAACCUGUUAGUAGUGAAAACGAGGAUGAUCCGAAUUGUCACGACGAGAACCUACAAAGAAACAAAAAGCCCCACGACCUAAACCAGUACUACCUCCCGGCGAACAAGGCCACCGCGAACGCCUCCACGUCCUCGACGACCUUACGCGAGACCAAGCGGCUCUCUCUGGUCGCCCUCGCUCUCACGACGGUCGGGGGUUUCGCUUCCGGGUGGAUCCACCACGAAUUCAGCAUUUUUCACCCGGAGCACCACAAGAACGCGGAAGAGUGGGAUCACUUGUACGAAAAGCUAGAGAGGGAUCAGAACUUGCGCAAAGAGGAGCGACUGGAGCGGAAGCGGCAGGCAUUCGUCGCAAAAUACGGAACUGCUGGAACUUCUAGUGCAAGUAGCAGGCGGCAAAAAGGAGGACAGCAAUUCGGGAGAGCAGGUGGUCAUGCUGAAGCGCAAGAGAUCGGCGAGGCGAGUGGUCCUCCACUGGACCGCGAUGGAGUAGUCCUCGGUGGUAUCGAAGAAGCUGACCCUCAACACCAAUCCAUCGAGCAAGUAGAUGAUGGGUUGUUGAACAGUUCCUGGGGCUCGAAUUUCAAUCGUAUUGGCGACGAAACUAGAAGACACGUGGAUAACGUGUUGGCGAGCAUUUUCGGCAGUCAGCAUUCGUUCAAUGUAGGAGCUGCACGAGGACCAGGAGACGACGACACCAUCGUUGCGGACGAAGGGUUCAAUGAAAAUGAACCGCGUCAAGGUAGUGGUCCUUUACACCAUGAUGAUGAUCAGGAAGAUCAUGAAACUACCAGCAACAGUCGGAAGAAGAAGUACAACAGCUCCAGGACAGGGUCGACCUUGCAAUCAGUCAGCGAAGAGGCUGGAGCACAAUCGGAAAGGGAAGAAGAGAGCGAGGACUUAGAAAACGUAAGUCACGGGGGAUCUUCCGGUGCAGCAGCCUCGCAUGUUUUUGAGGAUCCGGAUCCCAACGAGAGCAGCAGCACACCCGUAGAUUCGACCGAAGAGGAUGACGCCAGCCUUAAUAUGCGAAGCCGACCCUCCGCUCCAGUUGUUGUGAUGAAUUAUCAGCCCCCGCGCGGUAGGCCCGCGGGUGGUGCGCAGAACAAAGCCUCCGCGUCAAAGUCAGAAGGUAGUGACGAGGAAGGCGGCUCUGGACCGCCUGGAGGAGUUGUGACUCUGGCGGACGGUCGUGCGGAAGGAGCGGUAGAAGAGGUAGACGACAGCAUUUUUUCCCAUUCUCUGCAAGAUGAACAGCCGGAUAGUAUUCAAAAGUCCCGCUCUGACCCCACCGGGUUGCGUGGAGUUCCCGUUGACCAGCUAAAUCGGAAGAAGCGGAAAAAAGAAAAGCGACGACCCACGCCAACGUCCAUCAUCACAAACUUCAACGAGGACGGAACUUCUGCACCGACAUCAAACAACAUGAAAAAGACCAUUUCCGCCGAAGAAUACGCGUGGAAGACCGGGGAUCGCGACUUGCUCUACGACCCGGACAGCACAGAAGACGAUGUAUGCUCUGCAAAAGUACUUAUCAUAAUACGUAUAAAUUGCAUUGCAAAUUCUCCCAAGAACAAAAAUGCAAUUUGUCAUGCUAUUUCAGCUAGAAAGUUGCGUUGGAUUUGUCCUGAAUAUCUGCAAUUAGUACGAGUGCGAUACUUUUGCACAGGAUACAGCGACCAGUUUGACAAUUUUCACUGGCACGCCGCGGUCUGGAAGUAUCUCCACCAGCACAGCUACCUGCUCGGUGUGUUCGAAAUUGGUCCGCACAACGCAGAGUUCGUCGGAUUGAUUUUAGCACUACUGCACUCCAUGUGCCAAGCGGUGUUUCUGGUGUCGAGUAAAAGCGCGCUAUCCUCCGUGAAGGUGCCGGUGGUGGGGACGGGUAGAACAAACAUGCUCAACAAAAUGGCCAGAAAUGGAGCAGGUGCUGGCCCAGGUGGAUCAGCUACAUCCUCUAGUGUGGUCGGUGCCACCACAACGUUGCCGCCAGGGCGCGGAUUUGCAACGAGUUGCUGGAUCGGCAUGGUGUUCACAUUGAGCAUUGACGGUUUUAUGUGGUUCAUGGAACCGAAGGAAGAGGACAUCCGCAGCCAUCUGGCCGGGCACGGAAACACCGGAAGUUCCGAUGAGGAGGACCCCGCUAGUACAUCCCCAUACUCAUCAACCAGCACUCUGGGAGGUGGUAACUCGGCUUCGCGAAACGCGUUCGACGAUACUAGUGCUGGCGGAGAUGAAGGCGAUGGUGGUUCUGGAGGCUCGGCUUCGGGAAGUGGAAGUGCGGCAGGUGGAACUGGCACUGGUGGUAGGGUUGCCGCUGCAAAGAACCACGGUCCUCUUAAAAAUAAUAUUGGAGCGAACAAUGACGGCGCAUCGGGAGAGCAAGGGGCUCGCGGCCCGACGGCAGCCCCUGCCAAUGCCAGUGGCUCAGCUCCUGUCUCUUCAGAAACCGCACCUCCACCUCCCCCCACGCCCUCGAAAUCACCCGCAGCGGGCACGAUGGGUCCGCCGAGCGAGCCGCGGUAUUCCUCGAAAGAUCAUUACAAUGCGAGAAGCAUUACAAAAAUCCCACGGUCAGGAAGUCAAGAACUCCUCCCUCCCAGUCCAUUUUCGCCCGCCGCGGCCUCGCAAGACGGAGGCUCCUCUUCCGACCGGGCGUCCAGUAAGGAUAGCAUCGUCAGCCGCAGCGUCCCCCGGCCGGACUUGACCCCGCGGGCCAGCGCGUUGAAGAAGAGGGGGCCGCCGCAGCAGCGGCCCAGCAGCAGCACAGCGAGCAGCAGCAGUUCCACCACAACAUUUGGUGGGACGACGGCGAUGCUGGGAGCUGGUGCAAAUAGUGCCUCCUCCGCGUCGGACUUAAGUUCGUCACAGGACGGAAUGUUGACCAGCAACACCGGGGAUAGCAGUAACAGUCCUGUCGUGUUUCGGCGGCCGAAAAAGAGGGUUACGUUUGACGGACAGGUGACCAAGAUUCGCCAGGGGGAAAACGGCCUGGUCUUUAGCUACGAGGAACCUGUGCACCGAGAGGAGCCUGGGGAUUACUAUUUGGAUAGAAUGCGGAACGACGUUUUCGCGGGAGAUCCUAGCUUCAACAACCUCCUAGCUCAAGCUCAGGACCACGAACCACCCCCACCCGCACCCCCCCACCCGGGCCGCAUCCAGAGGCAGCAGACCCCGGUUGCGAGGUCUACGGGUCUCGCGGGGCUGGAGGAUGUUGAUGCGCUGUCGCAUGAGGAUGGUGAACCACAAUCGUCGGAAUUUCAAAAUAGCAGUGUAAGAACCACUAUUCAUGAUCCACCUGGUGAGCAGUCUUUAUCUUCGUCCUCCUCGUCUUCAAGGGGACGCGCGGAGGAGCGAAGCGGGCGGGGUCGUGUACGAGGAGUUGCAGCACGACCAGAAGGGGAAGUUCAACAUCAAGGAGUAGACCAGCACCAGCAAGGUGUUGAUGGAGGAACUACCUCUUCACAGCGAGGAACAAUUGCACCAACGCUAGGACAUGGACAACAAGGAGCUCCGUCGAAUAGCAGGCACUCCGACGACGCCAGGGUUUCGUUUGACGAAUUCAUGAACGAUCCGUACAACGAGGCAGAGGUGCCGACCGACAAUGGAGAGGGCCUUUUUGUCGGUCGCCGGAAGAAUAUGCUGCGGGAGUUAGCCCCUGAAGGAAAUCAACGCGACACCGGCGCAGCUGCACCAAAGGACCUGGAUAGCCAGGAGGUGAACAAGUUGAAAGGAAUUUUUAAAAGCAUACAUAGGAAAAAGGCAUCAACUGGGACUGCGGCUGCUGGAGUUGGGGGUGCUGGAGUAGGGCCAGCAGUGGGAGCAGGACAAGAUGAUAAGAAAGCAAACCCCUUGGCGAACAGCGGUCUUUCCGCGUUGUCGGGUUCGAAGCGAUCCACUGGGCGGAGUAGUUCAUCCACUUCGCAGCUCUCGAAGCAGAGCAAGUGGAAGGUCGUGCAAAAUGCGAUGGAGCACGGGGACUUGAGUGAGAAGGAAAAGAAGAAAGAGCGGGCAGAGAAGGUGUUCGAUAUCGUAAAAGCCAUGAUGCACCGCAGGAGCAAUAAAGGUGGUGGCGGAGGAGCAGGACCACCUCCUGUGAGUCAAAGGGAUCCAGCUGGUGGUGGGCCACUCGGCCCGCCGGGCGCAACCCCGUUUCACGGCAGUGGCAGCGGAUUGGGGAAGAUUCUUGCGGGGCUGGGGGGCGGUGGAAUAAGCAGUGGAUCAGGAUUAGCACAGCAGCCAGGCGGGGGGUCUAGGUCUUCAGGCGGGCAAAUAAACAUGGUGGAUGGUGGUACGACUUCUGACCAGUCCACUGGAGCAGGACAACAUCAGGAAGACCACGACGGGAAAAUUAACCCAGUUACCGGCUCCGCAUCAGGCAAGCAGAGCAUCUCCGAGCGGGACCACCUGCGGCAUUGGGUGCGGUACUACCUGCUGGACUGGAUGUGGAUGAAGUCCCAGAUUCUCACUGCUUGCAGCGUGUUUUUGAUCUUUUUCUGCCAGUACGCGACCAAAUUUUGGCUGGUGAAGACGCUGGACAUGCUGAACAUGACCAUUGUCGAGUCGAUCAAAAUGAUCUGUACGGUGUUUUUGGUCACCAUGUUCCUCGUUCCAGCAACAGCGGGGGGCGGAAGUGGAACUUCAACUGGUGGAGUAGGCGCAACAGGAAGUGCUAGUCAGUCCUCUGACAGUCAAGACAACUCCGGGGUGGUCUCCGAACUCCAGAUUCUUGCCUGUCUCGUCACGAUUGCCGGUGGCGCCUUAUUUAAAAUCGCGGAGCACUACGAAAAGAUGAUCCACAGUCUGCACGACGAGAUAUGAGAGUGCACAACUCCCCCUCCCCCUCACUUGUAUGGCAUGAAAAGCAACACAAUCACCAGCACACCUGAGGCCUGAGCAUGGCAAAUUCCUGCGCCGACUGUAGUAUUUUUGUUUGUUGGGUUUCCACCUGCAUAAUUUGUCAUGCAAGCAGCGCUACAAGGGAGGCAGCGGCUGGAUUUGGGAUUUUGCGUGACAAAUGAUGGGGGAGGGUAGUUGUGCACUGUCAGACGAGAAGAAGAGCGUUGAGAAGGAGCGGGAUCAGGUCGUUGGGACGAUGAAGGGCCUCGCGGAGGUGGCGCAACUUCGGCACGAGCGGAUGAAGCAGAUUAAAGAGGAGGAAGAAAAGGAGAGAGAGGCCGAAAGGCAGCAUGCUGCAGAACAAGAAUUGGAGUUACAACAGCGCGAAAAUAUCAAGCGGCGAUCGCACCGCACGUCGAAUGAUUCCACCAGUAAUUCCUUCCGCCUUUUCCGGAAACCGCCCGAGGAAAAAAAGCGAGGAAACACGAUGUCCAGUGAUAGGAUCAGCGUCGGAAGAGCUAGUGGACAACAUCAAGUUCUUGUGCCCUCUUUCAAGAGGAGCACAGCGUCGAACAAAGCGAAAACGGCGAGUGGUAGGCUGAGUGGUCGGGGGGACAACACAUCUGUGGCUGGUUCUUUGAACUUGAAGAACAUCAAAAACGAGGCUGAGCGGAGAACUUCCUCUACCCGGGAGCGCCGGCAGUCCGCCGCGGGUAACAGGAUAACGAGCCGCACUGGCGAACAUCACUUCACUGGGGUAGAUGACCAGGAGGAACCUCACGACUUCAGGCGACAUGUUGCACCGCGUGACCAUCAUGCUGCUGAACGCGGUCCUCGUCAAAGUGACGUACUACAAAUAGACACGAUCGCGGUCGAGUUGCCAGGUCUAAAAAUCCGUGCUCAGGAAUACGACCGAGAACUUGAACAAGAGUCAGCAAUGGUGCAGCACAAAGACGGUUCGCACCGACAGUCGUGUACCUCCACGGCGUCGUCCUCAUCUCGUGGUCUCAGUGUAACUCCUCCCUUCGCGUCUGGAGGUCCUCUUCGGAAAUCCAAAGUGAACCGAAUUCUUACCCGCCCGCGCGGAUCCAAGGCGACAAGGGUCGCCGAAACCGAAAUGGAAACACUUUGCUACUAUUCGGCUGGAACGAGCACGUGCCCGGCGACACUGUAUCCCACAUACGGAUAAGCCGCAUGCGGCAACUUGAAGAUGAAACUUUUGCAAAAUUCAAAGGAAAGACCGGCGAAGUAGCAUGAUUACGAUAGAUGUGCUGCGUGAUGUACUGCUUUGCUACAUUGCGAGUAAGAAGAAAAUGCUCGCCCUCAGUCACGACAGUCCCAGUCGUGUCUGAGUACUAUCAUGCCGAUAGGUCGCGAUAGACUUAAAUUUUCUCGAUUUUUCAAAGUCCAAAAAAACCUUAUUGAUAUCAAGUCGAGUUCUUCGUUUGCGCGAAAGAGUUUGUUGAUUUUGGUACCAAAACUUGUUUUCUACCACAUCUAUGCAAUCUGGCCACUUUAUGUCCUUAUCCAACCAAAAUUGGCGAUUACGGUUUCGAGACAAUGUUAUUGAAGCUCUGAUCGAUAUAAUUGGUGAUUGAAACUAGAUCAAUAGGGCCUGUUUUAUUUUGCAUGAUGAACACGAUACGCCGCUUUUGACGAGUAGACAUAUGUGUAAAUAUUUCACGAAAUAUAACAGAGAUUAGCGUUGUAGCCUUUGAAGGUGGGAGCUGGAAGAAAGCACCGCCAGGUCGAGGACUUCAGCUUUUGCUGCAAAGAAUUCGCCUGCUUCUCUUUAUGCUGAUCGUAUAUACUGCGUGUACUCUGGACUGAUUGAUAGUUCUUCCCGAAAAGCAGCUAUCUCAGACCUCGUCUGAUUCGAUGAGAUCUGUUAACUUCAUGGCAUAAGAGAGUUUCAUGUUCAUUCUCUGUAGUUGACAGCAACUUACGAAAUCAAU